UCGUCUCACUUCAUGCAGUCAGGAUAAUUUUCUUGACCGUUUGACGAAACUUGGUGCCACUCUAAGGAAAAACAGAUACUAGAUAUUUGAGGUUUUCGCUCAUGGCGAUCUUGUGAUACCAUUUGAAGAACUGUAAUCUUCACUGUUAUUAUUUACUGGAAAGUUUCCUUCGAUUGAACAUGGCGGACAACGAUAUUAUCGAAGAAAUUUGUGUUGACCAUGGAAAGCGUUCCCUUGUUGCCAGCGUGUUUCAGCGAAUUAUGCUCCUCUUCAGUGUGGAAGUCCAAUUCAGCUCGCCCGAGGAAAGCGCAGUGAAAAGUGGAUUUCAGUGGCUAGCUUUAAAAGGAGAGAAAGACAAUGUGGUCAAAGCGAAGGAAUACGUCAAGUCGCGUUGUAAUCCUGAGCUGGAAUUAGAAGUGCCGUUCAGCGAGCGCUUCUACGAAGUUCUGUUGAAAUCACUUGAUGAACUUGAAAAAACCACAAGUGCUGUGGUAAAGUUUACUUCAAGAAAAAGCUGCCAUCUUCAAGGCAGUGCAGAGUCCGUUACAAUGGCGCAAUCGGCUAUUGAAGACAAACUGCGUACACCUCCAACGUCGCAUACGUCAAGCGUGCCAGCCAUCGAACCUCAGUUGAGGGAAUUUGCACGAAAACUGGGCUAUUCUAACCAAGUCAUAGACCAGGCUGUCCAAAAGCUAGGACCUGAUGUAACUCAGAACACACUUUUGAACGAACUUCUGAAAACAACUGCAUCGUUACCUUAUCAAAUUUCCGCCUCUGCUCAACCCAAACCUACUCCAGCGAUGGCUCCUUACCCUGUCAGGAGAGACGUAGUGGCCAGAGGAGCGCCAAAUACCUCUGGCCAUGUUUUAAGGCCUGGCUUUGAGAACCCCAGAGCAACAGUGGCUGGUGCUCAACACACCUGGGAAAGAGAUUUGAUCGCAAAAAUGCCUAGACCAAACCCUGAACUUUAUCCAGAUGCAAUUCCGAGAGGAACAAAAAGAGUUCUUGAACGCCCCUCAGAUAUUAUUGCCAGAGGAGCAGGGCCUUCUGUUCCACCUUUAAUGCAGGUCCAACCCUACAAUAGCCCUGGACCAUCUCCAUAUGAGAACCACAAAGAAGCAAGCAGCAGUGCUAGCGACAGACUUGACGAACAAGAACAACUGAUGUACCAACAAAUACUUGGUGCUAAGAAAGUUUCAGCGAAUUCGUCUUCAAACUUAAGACCAGUGGUUAUUGAUGGGAGCAAUGUUGCUAUGAGUCAUGGAAGACAAGAUAUCUUUUCUUGUAAAGGCAUUCAACUGUGUGUUGAGUGGUUUAGAGCAAAGGGACACAAGGAAAUCACGGUUUUUGUGCCAUUGUGGCGGAAGGAAGCCUCGCGCCCCGACAAGCCAAUCACAGAUCAGGAAAUUCUCUACAGUCUUGAACGUGAUGGUAUACUAGUUUUCACUCCAUCUAGGAAGGUGAAUGGCAGAAGAAUUGUUUGUUAUGAUGAUCGCUUUAUCAUCAAACUUGCAGCAGAGACAGAUGGCGUGGUUGUAUCAAAUGAUAACUUUAGGGAUUUGACAAAUGAAAAUCCAAAAUGGAGAGAGACAAUUGAACAAAGAUUACUGAUGUACUCUUUUGUUGGGGACAAGUUUAUGGUUCCCGAUGACCCAUUGGGCAAACAUGGACCCAAUCUUGAAGACUUUCUUCGAAAGGGCUCUGCUACUCACCCUCGAAUUUGCCCUUAUUUGAAGAAGUGUACAUAUGGUCUUAAAUGCAGAUUUUAUCAUCCUGAGAGAGACCAGGAAGCAUUGAAUUUAAAACUUGAGAGAUUGAUUGGCAUAUUUGGGGAAUCUGUGCCAGAAGCUUCCAUGAGAAAGGCCAUUAAUGAUAACCCAAGUGCCAAUGUUACAAUUUUAGCUAAUAUUUUGUGUGAUAUGGGAAACAAAUACUGAACUGUUAUUAUUAUUAUUAUUAAAUUACAUUAGUAGAGUAUGUACAUAGAUAUGUAUAUAUAUUACUGUAAACGCUAAGCUACUAGCUCAUGAAAUUUGGACUUCGUCAUUGUUGUAGCACCUAAUUUUCUUUUGCUAAUCAUUGACUACAAUUUUAAGUCAAACUGAAUUUCAUCCACAUCUACUGUUAAGAAUGUGCCUUUUUGUGAAAGGCAUACUUAAGUUUUGAUUUGGUUUAGGUAGGAGUACUUCUCAUUAUGCUUAGGGAACAGUUAUUGUUAAUUUUACUAGCUGUGUAAAAGGAUUUUCCUUUGCAGUGAUGAGGUUUAAGUGGCAGCGAGUUAAGGCAAAGUUAUUGCUUUUUCUGGAUUGUCAAUAUUAUUGAAAAUGGCCAUGUCUGAUCAACUUUCCCAUCGUGGGAUGAGCAAGACAUAGUGUUGUACACCCCCUAAUGUAUAUAUACCUUUACAAACAUUGUUUGCCAUGUUGUUUCUCUGCAAGAAAGCACAAGAUAGCUUAGCUGAGAGUAACUGCAGAAGAGGUAGAUUUUUACAGUUAUUGAGUAACAACGUGGUUUUCAAUGUUGUAAUGUAGGUGUAACUUGAGGUUACUCUCUAUGAGAGCAAAAAGUGUGAUCGCCAUGCGGUUGAAAAAAAAAAACGUGAGAAAUAAUGAAAUUGUUGUCAAAUUCUACAGUUGUUAAGAGUAUAUUUGAAAAUAGAAAUUUUGCUUACACGUGUAAUGGGUUAAGAAUUUGACAUGAGUUUCCUGGUAUAAAAAAGGCUCACAAAAGAUAAUGUCUGCUUGAAAUGAAACAGUUCAAGAUUGCAGCCCCCUUGAUGUAGGUACUUUUUUUAGUUUAGUCCUACUUACAAAAAAA